AUGGCAGAAAUGGAGAAAGAAGGGAGACCUCCCGAAAAUAAAAGGAGCAGGAAGCCGGCUCACCCGGUGAAGCGGGAGAUCAACGAGGAGAUGAAGAACUUUGCUGAAAACACUAUGAAUGAGCUCCUUGGCUGGUAUGGUUAUGAUAAGGUUGAACUGAAAGAUGGAGAAGAUAUUGAAUUCAGGAACUACUCAGCAGAUGGGGAAAGCCGCCAGCACAUUUCUGUUCUCAAAGAAAAUUCUUUGCCAAAACCAAAAUUACCUGAGGACAGUGUUAUUUCACCGUACAACAUAAACCCAAGCUACCCAGGGCUUGCCACAGGAAAUGGACUAUCAGACUCACCAGCAGGGUCGAAGGAUCAUGGGAAUGUACCUAUUAUUGUCCCAUUAAUUCCACCACCUUUCAUAAAGCCACCAGCAGAAGAUGAUGUGUCAAAUGUACAAAUAAUGUGUGCCUGGUGCCAGAAAGUUGGAAUCAAGCGCUAUUCCCUGAGUAUGGGAAGUGAAGUGAAAUGCUUCUGCAGCGAGAAGUGCUUUGCAGCUUGCCGAAGAGCGUAUUUCAAGAGAAACAAGGCUAGAGAUGAAGAUGGACAUGCUGAAAAUUUUCCCCAGCAGCACUAUGCUAAGGAAACUCCAAGACUUGCCUUCAAGAAUAACUGCGAACUACUUGUAUGUGACUGGUGUAAGCACAUAAGACACACAAAAGAGUAUCUGGAUUUUGGGGACGGGGAAAGAAGGCUUCAGUUCUGCAGUGCAAAAUGUCUCAAUCAGUACAAAAUGGACAUUUUCUACAAAGAGACACAGGCCAAUCUUCCAGCUGGACUGUGCAGUACAUUACAUCCUCCAGUCGAAAAUAAAGCAGAAGGCACUGGGGUGCAGCUGCUGACUCCAGAUUCUUGGAAUAUACCGCUAGCAGAUGCUCGGAGAAAAGCCCCAUCCCCAGCGUCUGCAGCUGGCCAAAUUCAAGGCCCUGGACCAUCAGCGUCUACCACUGCCUCUCCAUCUGACACUGCCAACUGCUCUGUCACUAAAAUCCCCACGCCAGUUCCCAAACCUAUUCCCAUCAGUGAGAAUCCAAAUAUUCCACCAGUUUCUGUCCAGCCACCUGCUAGCAUUGUGCCUCCAAUUGGUGUCCCACCUCGCAGUCCUCCCAUGGUGAUGACAAACCGUGGGCCAGUUCCUCUGCCCAUAUUCAUGGAACAGCAAAUUAUGCAGCAAAUCCGUCCACCAUUUAUUCGUGGGCCACCUCACCAUGCCUCAAAUCCAAACAGCCCUCUGUCAAAUCCAAUGAUUCCUGGAAUUGGUCCCCCACCAGGUGGUCCCAGAAAUAUGGGUCCCACCUCUAGCCCCAUGCACAGGCCAAUGCUUUCCCCCCAUAUCCAUCCCCCCACAACACCUACCAUGCCUGGGAAUCCUCCCGGCUUGUUGCCGCCACCCCCACCUGGUGCUCCUUUGCCCAGUCUUCCCUUCCCCCCUGUCAGCAUGAUGCCAAAUGGUCCUAUGCCUAUGCCACAGAUGAUGAACUUUGGAUUGCCAUCCCUUGCCCCACUGGUGCCACCCCCAACUCUACUAGUGCCAUAUCCUGUCAUUGUCCCUUUGCCCGUUCCCAUCCCCAUUCCCAUCCCCAUCCCUCACAUCAACGACUCCAAACCCCCCAACGGCUUCUCCAGCAACGGCGAAAGCUUCAUUCCGAGUACCUCCAGCGAGACGCCUGGGGCAAAGCCAACCAAUAGCUCUUCAUCCCCUCGAGAGUCAAAGCAAGGACCAUCCAAAUCCUCUGACUCAUCACCGAGCUGCUCAGGCCAGUCCCUUAAUCAAGCUAAAGUGCUUCAGGAGCACAGUAAAAAUGAAGUUGUUGAUUUGACUGUCAGACCUAGCAGUCCAGUGAACAGUAAAUUUGGUUUCCCCAGUGUGCUACAGGGUCCACAGGACGGUGUGAUAGACCUAACGGUAGGCCACCGGUCUAGGCUGCACAAUGUCAUCCACAGGGCUCUACACGCCCAAGUGAAAGUUGAACGUGAACCUAACAGUGUUGUAAAUUUGGCUUUUGGUAGCUCAGACAAAAGGAACUGCAGUGACUGCAGGGACAACUGCAGCCCAGUUGACUCAAAAACGUUACCGUGCAGUGACGGAGCUCACUGCUGUCCCGUCUCCUUGGCCUCUGGCAUGCCAGGACUGGAAGCUGGCGCAGCGGUGUGCAAUGUCAUUGUGAAUGGCACAAAGAGCACAGAGGGUUCCAAGAACCCGGAGCCGCCCCAGGAGCCGAAGAAGCCCCAGCCCCCGGAGGAGCUGGCGGUGAGCGAGCUGGAGUCCGUUAAGGAGAACAACUGUGCUUCAAACUGCCACCUUGAGGGAGAUGCUGGCAAGAAGACUGGGGAAGAGCCCCUGGCUGGGGGAGACAAACAGGACCCGAACCUUAACAAUCCAGCAGACGAGGACCAUGCAUAUGCUUUGAGGAUGCUGCCCAAGACAGGUUGCGUGAUCCAGCCUGUGCCAAAACCAGCAGAAAAGACUGCUAUUGCGCCGUGCAUUAUCUCAACGCCAAUACUCAGCACAGGGCCAGAGGAUCUGGAGCCACCAUUGAAAAGGAGGUGUCUCCGAAUUCGAAAUCAGAAUAAGUAA